AUGACUACAAUACCUCAAUCAUCAACCUCACAAGAGCUGCUCAAGCUACCAGUACCUGAACUGAAAGACACUUUUGCCAAGUUCGUCUAUUUUUCAAGGGUUCUUUGUGCCAAAAAAAAUCACCAAGAAGCAGUCAAACUAGUCCAGCAGUUUCUAGACAGUCCAACCUCCAAAAAGCUACAAACAUACCUAAAAGAACGACAAGAAACUACUGCGAAUUGGGUAAGUACAAUAUUAAUACUUCAAUAAGUACUUCAAUACAACCUUACCUAGAACUUACCAUCAAAAUUAUUACUUUAAGCUUACUAUAAGUUAACUACAGUAAAAAUCGUUAUUUUUUAAAAUUAUUACUGUAGACAAUUAUCUUUUCCUGUUUUAGCUAACACCAUGGUGGAACGAGCACGGUUAUCUUCGCUACAGAAUGCCCUUACCCAUCUACUCAAGUGUGGGUAUCUCUUCAGGUAGAAUAGCUGAAAGAGGAGAACAAGCUCAGCUUGAGUUUACAGCCAAAACCAUCAAAGUUUUGACAAAAUUCGUAAUUGCAGCUAAAAGGUGAGCUAUCCAGGCCUGCCUAUGUCUAUUUUAUACUUUUUAUACCUACUUCUGUAUAUAAUACUAUUUAUCAGCUGCGUGCUUAGUUCUUAUGCUUCAGAACGGAUUAAUAAUUAUUAUUGACCCUAAUAAAACAAAGUUUUUAGAAGACAACUCCCACUAGAAAAAUAUGGUGGAAGACCAUUAGAUAUGGAUCAUCACCAUCGCUUCUUUGCCACAACUAGAAUACCCAAACCAGAAUGUGAUGAAGUAUACACAAUCGACAACUACGAUGACUUGGAAGGCAAUAUAGUAGUAGUCAGAAGAGGCCAUGUAAGCUUUUUACCUUCUCCAAUUUUGAAUUAAAAAAAAUCUGUUAGUGAGAACAACAUUGUAGUACAUACACACAUUUCAGACCUUCAUCAUGUCAGUUUGGGAUGUCAAUAGGAGAGUGCUAACAGAAGAAAAGAUACUGAAAGAACUAAAAAGUAUAGUAAAGCAGACCCAGACCUUCAGCCCACACCCAAUAAACCUGGUUUCAUCUACGGACAGAGACAGUUGGGCUAAAGUUUAUCAAAAUUUGAAAAGUAAGCUAUUAGUUUUAAAACUUAUAUGCCCAAGUUCAAAAACAAUAAGUCUAAUAUUCUUGUCAGCUAAUCAAAUUACAAAAUACCAAAUUCUUUAAAUUUCAAAAUAAAAUUGCAAAAAGCAGUCGCAGCGAGCAGGGUUCGAACCUGCGCGGGCAAAGCCCAAUGGAUUUCAAGUCCAUCUCCUUAACCACUCGGACAUCGCUGCACGCCUGUCUCGCUUUGGAAAAGGCUCCCUUCUCUCUCAUUUGAAUCAGAGGAGGCAGGAAAACAAACGGACUGUUUGAAUUGAAAACUUAUCUGAUUCAUAAAUCAAAACCAUUUUUCAAUCACAAAAACAACAUAUUUUGACUUAUAAUAAAAUACCCAUUUUUACUGUAACACAGAAUAACAUUAAAUCAUUUUUAGCCCGCUACCCGCAUUCCCUAAAACUUUACGAGAAUGCAUUGUUUGUGAUUGGCCUCGACGAACCAACAAUCCCAAAACCAGGCCAAAGACAUGAAGAUGCUCACUUGUUAAAUGGUGUACAUGGUCAUGGAGCCAAAAACAAUGCCAUCAAUCGUUGGCAAGACAAGUUCAACAUGUUCUUCGAUGCUGACGGCUUCUAUGGACUACUUUACGAACAUACUCCAGCUGAUGGAGCUCCUUUGUCUACAGUAAUUGAGACCGUAUACAAAACUGCUUUGAAAGAGAGAAAAGACGGAUUUGUGGAGACUUACAAGAAUGACGUCGUCAGUACACCAACCCAAAAACUAGUGUUCAAGUUGACAGAUGAUGACAAGAAAGCUAUCAAGAAAGCUUCGGACAGUUUAGAAAAGUAGGUUAUUUAUAAUACGUUUUACGUUAAACGUAAGUAUAUAGCAACAAAAAAACACUUUCGGUAUUACAAUAUUGUAGCAAAAUAUACCUACUAUAACAUACUAUUACAGAGAGAUCCAAAAAGUCGACUGCAAAUACUUUAACUUUGACGAAUUUGGUAAAAACGUGCCAAAAGCAGCAAGAAUAUCCCCAGAUUCCUUCAUCCAAAUCGCUCUACAAUUAGCCUUCUACAGGCUACACAAACGUCACGGUAAUGCCUAUGAAAGUGCUUCACUUCGAUUAUUUAAAAAUGGCAGAACUGAAACCAUCAGAUUACCAAACGAAGAGUCUACAGCCUUUGCAGAAACCUUUACCAACAACAAAAGAAACGCUACUGACAAAGAGCUUCUAAAGCUUCUGAAUUCGGCCUGCAAAGCUCACAAGACUUAUUCAGAUGUUUGUGCCAAUGGAAAUGGCAUGGAUCGUCAUUUGUUUGGACUUCGAAUCGCUGCCAAAGAAACAAACACAGAAUUACCUAAAGUUUUCUCAAGUAAAGCUAUGACACGACUCACCACCUUUGACUUAUCGACCAGUCAAGUUCCUAUGUCAACUCGGCCCAGGAUGAUCUACGCUCCAUUGACUGAAGACGGCUACGGAGCUUUGUACAAUCCUCGAGAAGAUACGAUUGAUAUUGGUAUAUCGGUGUUCACAACAUCAAAGGAAACAGACUUGGACAAGUUCAAAGAAAGCGUGUUCCAGAGUUUCCGCGACAUGAGGGACAUAUUGAUCAAGAACAAAGUCAUUAACCAAUCGCAUCUCUGA